ACCCAAGAACAGUGUUUGGACAAAAGAGAAUGCCUGCAAGAGCCAGUGUAAGUGCAAUUAAAGAUGGUGAAGUGACAAUCCCCACAGAUCAAAUAGAAAGAGAUCGUUUAAUCUUCACCACCCUACUACAGAUAAAAGCAAUGGUGAAGAAUAACACCAUUGCUCUUUCAAGGUUAGAGCAAAAAUUGAAAGAGAAAAGAAGUCCUGAAGUCAAUAUCGUCUCAAUUGAGGAGUUUGGAUUUCCCAUGGAAAGUAAAGAAGAUGUGUCAAGAGUGGAAAUUAUGCUCAAAGAUAAGCAAAAAAUGAAAUUACUGUCAAACCACCUUGCCACUCUGGGAGGGUUUUCCACCAAAGAAGUAGUAGAUAGAAUCAUGAGUAAUGUUUUCAAAACUAAGCUAGCAUGCCAGUGUAACUGGGUUGGUAAGGGAGGAAAGGUGGCAUUAAAGAACCUUGCAAUAACAAAAGCAAUGAAAGAUGCAGGUAGAUCCAGAGCCACGGAAGCGGAACUUGACACUUCCAUCAGAUUGUGGCUUAAGAAUGCCCACGAUAGGGAUGGUGGAAGAAAAUUAAGGGCCAUCAAAAAAGAAGCAAGAGACAGACAGUUAGCACUUGCAGAACAACACAAUAUGUCAUUUGAUAGUAGCACAAGUGAAGAGUCCGACUAGUUUCUCAAAAGCUCAUUUGUGUGCUACCACUACAAAUGUAAUGAAAGGAAAACUGUGUUGCAUAUUAUUUUGUAACUUAAAAGAAUGGCUCAUAGAAUUGACAUACAGGUCAAAGUGGAAAGCCAGCUUGAUUGGGUUAUUAUUGUAUGAAAUGUUCAUUUUAAAAUUUCUGGAAUUUUCAAAGUAUGAACUUGAACUUCCACGGGCCUGAAGCCUUAAGUUAGUUACACUUUACAUCAUACUUGAUUAGUUCCAUUCUGUUUUGCAUUAUUAAAAUUUGAUGUUGACUUUGCUGUAAAUGUAUUAAUGCAUCAGAAUUGACAGUUUGCCAUUUUGUGCAUUAAUUUUUUCUGCUUUUUUGUCCAUACAUUUGACAGCUGUGCUGUCUUGUAGCAAUUUUUUGAUGAAAUUUUCAUAUUUUUCAUUCUGAUAUUUGUGUGAACUUGAACUCCCAUUGGCUGAAGCCUUUGCUUUUACCUUUAUCAGCAUUACCAGUUGUGCAUAAUUAAACUUUGUAGUUAAGCAUAAUGUAUUAUUGCAUCUGAAUUGAAAAUAUCCUUUUUGUGCAUUGUGCUUUGUUGUCUUGUGUUAUUAUAUGUGAAAUAAAAGUGAUAAGUGAUAACCCUAUCUCUGACUUGUUUCUUAAUGCAAAAGGAGAUAAAAGAUAAAUAAUAUUACCCUAAUUAAAGAUUGAUUAAAUGAAAUAAAGAUUAAUUAAAUGAAAAAAAAAACCCUGUAAAACAAUCGGUGGCUUACCAGUGGCUUGCCGCUGGUAAGCCACCAUAAGCGGCUU